GAAAGCCAGCUGGCACCCCGGGUGUGAAUUUUCACCGUUGCCCGGCGUCUUUUCCACCGAAGGACGCUCGCACCCUCAGAGGCUGAACUGACUCGAGGACGGAGCUGCUCUGUCGGGUCUCCCUCCUCCCAGGAUCCACACGCUCAGGCUCAAACAGCCUUCCUCAUAUACAGUCAGGUCUAGUCCACUGCUACCUCUGAUCCAUCCAAAAUGGCUCCCACCCUGACCACUGCCUUCUCCCGCCGCUGGUGGAUGGCAGUCACAGCAGUAAUCGAGAACCUGCUUUUCUCUGCUGUGCUGCUUGGCUGGUCGUCCCUGCUCAUCAUGCUCAAGUCAGAGGGCUUCUACUCUUACCUGUGCAAAGGACGAGACAACAGCUCCAGCUACAACCUCUCCAACACAUCCACCUCUGUGGCAGACGACGUGGAAGAAGAGUACUUGGAGAUGAACAACUGGCCCAUCUGCAAAGACCAGGAUGAGAUGCUGAACCUGGCCUUUACUGUGGGUUCCUUCUUGCUAUCAGCCAUAACUCUGCCCCUGGGUAUUAUCAUGGACAAAUAUGGGCCGCGGAAGCUGCGACUGUUGGGCAGUGGCUGCUUUGCCUUCUCCUGUCUCCUCAUCGCCUACGGCGCCAGCAAUCCCAAUAAGCUAUCAAUCCUGAUCUUCUUUGCACUGGCAAUGAAUGGGUUUGGAGGCAUGUGCAUGACCUUCACCUCUCUGACGCUGCCCAACAUGUUUGGAGACCUGAGGUCGACCUUCAUCGCCCUGAUGAUUGGAUCCUAUGCUUCCUCUGCUGUUACUUUCCCUGGCAUCAAGGUGAUCUAUGAACUGGGUGCCACAUUCAUCUCCAUCCUUCUGGUUUGGGCCGGCUGUGCCUGCCUCGUCUUCUUGAACUGCUUCGUCAACUGGCCUCUGGAGCCCUUCCCUGGCCCAGAAGACAUGGACUUCACGGUGAAGAUCAAGUUCAGCUGGCUGGGCUUUGACCAUAAGAUCACUGGGAAGCAGUUUUAUCAGCAGGUGACCACAGUGGGACGCCGUCUGAGCGUAGGCCACGCCAUAAAGCAGCAGCAGCCACCGUCCAAAGAGCUGUCCACGCAGGAGGCCAACAAGCUGUGCCUGUCCACCGUUGAGCUGGAGGUCAAUUGCAAGACCCAGGAGAAGACUCAGACUUUCAUGAAGAGUAUCUUUAGUCCCAUCUUCCUGUUGAGCCUUAUCACCAUGUGUGUGACUCAGCUGCGCCUCAUCUUCUACAUGGGAGCCAUGAACACCAUCCUGGAGUCCCUAACAGAAGGAGACCUCAGCACAGUGGAGAGGAUGGAAGUGGUGAGCCUGUACACCUCCAUCUUUGGCGUGCUCCAGCUUCUGUGUCUGGUCACCUCCCCUGUGAUUGGCUAUGUCAUGGACUGGAAGCUUAAAGACUGUGAGGAUGAAAAUGACAAGAGCACCAAGAGAGAGCCUGGUCAGCCUCGUCGCCCCAGCAAACGGAUCCAGAAGAUUAUCAAUGCCACCAGAGCUUUUAUCUUCACCAACAUACUCCUGGUUGGCUUUGGAGUCACCUGCAUUGUGCCCAACCUGCCACUUCAGGUUGUCUCCUUCAUCCUGCACACUAUUGUGAGAGGCUUCAUCCACUCUGCAGUUGGAGGGCUCUAUGCUGCUGUGUACCCAUCCUCUCAGUUUGGCAGCCUGACAGGCAUGCAGUCUCUGAUCAGCGCUCUUUUCGCCCUGCUCCAGCAGCCUCUCUUUAUGGCCAUGGUGGGACCUCUGGAGGGCGACCCCCUAUGGGUGAAUGUGGGUCUGCUGGUGCUCAGCAUGCUGGGAUUCUGCCUGCCUUUCUACCUGCUCCACCACAGCCGCCAACUCCAGCGCCUCAAAGACGAACGUGACGAGGACCCCAAGAUCUACGUUAAGAUGAGCAACGGCAGCAACCCGGAGGCCUGCGUCUAGACCAGGAGGAAGAAGAGUUUUUACACAACAGGAUGAGCUACACUAAAGAGGGAGGUGGCUGAGGUCACUUGCCUGUGGGACAUGUGAUGAAUGAAUUCACUCUGAGGCUGCUACACCUCAGACUCACAGAUCUUACAUUCCCCAUGAACACACACACACACUUCCACCAUCAUACUGAUACCCAUACGUGACUGAACACCACUGUGACACCCACCUUCACCCUCUCUCACAGUACGCGCUGUGAAGAAGCUCACACAGACACGGUCCACACGGGGAGCUUAUGGUCCUUCGACUGCACCUCUGAGCUGAGGACAAAACUGACUAAAGGGAGAGAAAAGAAGCAGCCGCUCAAAUCUCCCCAAAGGCUCCUCUUUUACUUUUUUCUUCACGUUCGACAUUUUCAUUUCAUGCUGUUGCAUCUGAAGCACAGGAGAAGAUGCCAAAAAAAAAAAAAAAAAAAUCCCAAUGACAGUGUUAGUGUGGUAAAAAAUUUUAGACAUUUGCUUUCUGAUUGCCCAGGUUUGUCUUACCCAAUCAAUUCUUACCUCUCUGUGUUACCCAAUCAAUUCUUACCUCUCUGUUUCUGUGAGGAAAACACACACACACACACACACACACACACACACACACACACACACACACACACACACUUACUUGUGCUCAAGGGCAUUAACUCACUAAGAACCCACAGACAGCAGCACUGGUAGCAGUUUAGAUGAAAACUUUGAGCUCAGUACACGAUUGUGUGCCAUGAUGCAGUGACUGGAUCAGUCUGCGGGGUUAGACAGACACUGCAUGAUGCCAGUGAUGGUGCUGGUCCCUUAUAACUGUUUCACUCAGUCACUCAGCUCGCCAUCUUUGUUUGUUUGUUUGUCCAUAUAUUUGAAAUACUUAUCCUUUUUUUUAUAUUUAGUUGCAAUAUGAUCUCAGAUGUGUUAAACGUUUGUUUCUUUUGCAUGUUCUCAAGAUGUCAAGGUGGAAAUGAUGUUAGACAUAGCGUGUUUUCAAAGGUUGGAGUGGAUGCUACGUGAAUUUUAGAGUCCUGAUUGGUUGUAGCAAUAAGUCUUCAGCGAGGUAUAACACGCUGACACAGACAGGCAGUACAUUUAAUGGACUGUAUUUCCAAAUCACAAAAAGGUGCUAGUUUAAUCACAGAAAUGUGUCAUUUGCAUUUGCUUUAAGGCACUAUUGCGGUCAUCAGAUAAUAACAAGAGUUUUUCUGAACAACAUAUGUUCCAAAGAACCAGUCAGAUUAUGUUUUGUUAUCACUUCUAUGGUGAUUUUGCUCUGUCACACAAACUCUGGGAUUCUUCAAUUCACCUCUUACAGACAAAGGGAGAUUUUGCUUGGAAGGUAGCAGAGUUGAAAAGGCGCACUCUUCCAGCUUCUGAGAGAAGACACCAGCAUUAUUAGACCAAGAACAGACAAUAAAGGAGUCUUUGUCUUUGAAACAGAAGCGUGGAGUGUGUAGACAGUGAUGCUGGGAGAUAAUAAUUCAGUCUGCUGUGUUAAAUGCCACACAGUGAAGCUCCUCUGAUUAAUUUGUGUUCCCCGCCAUGCAGUAAGGUGACAGAGGCACCUCCAAAGACUGCCGUGACCCUCAGAGUGCCUCACUGUGAUGGGAGGAGUGGAUCUGGGUAGGAUUUAGUCCCGCUCUUCCUCCAUCUACCCAUCCUUUCAUCCACCCCACUGGCCUCAAGCACACCUUGAAAUGUUCAUUGUUGACAGAACUGAGAGACGAGCCUCUGCUGCUGCCACGCGCUCCCAGCGAAUGAUUUAAUUAAGACAAGAACGGCACACGAUGCACUUUAGACCCUCUAAAAUGGACCUGCUGCCCACGUAUCAUACACACAGUGCAUGGCUGCUUACUGGUGGUGAGUGAUGCAAAGAAUGUAGACUCUGAGCUUAAAAUAUAGAUUUGUAAUUCACGACUGAGUUAUUUUUGUAUAAUCAGAAAAAAAAUGAAUGCUACAG